UUCUAAUAUUAGAGUUCAUAAUUUAAUUGAUGCCCUCUAUUGUAGGAGAACCUGGAGAUGUCAACAGUUGGUGGUAAGCACAAGCUUGUUGGAUUUGUUGACCUGGGAAAGGGCCAUGAGCUAAUGAAUAUAUUGUCAGGUAAAGGUGAUGAACCAGAACUUGCCACACAAGUGCUGCAAUUCAUUUAUGUCAGUGACAAUGGAUUCAGGUUCCCUAUUGCUCAAUAUCCAUCUGGGGUUUGCACACCAAGUAGCUUGUACUUCUGUUUUUGGGAAGGAGUCCUGAAGAUGUUGGAGAUUGGAUUUGAGGUGUAUUGGUGUGUCCUUGAUGGUGCUGACUGGAGCAGGCAGUUUGUAAAGAUGCACUUUCAUGACAAAAACCCUGCUAAACAAAAAUUUGCAGCCACAAACAUCUACACUGGUGGUCCAAUGAUGUUUAUCAUGGACCCAAAGCACAAUAUCAAGAAGAUACGAAACAACAUUGAAAAAAGUAAUAAGAGUGGCAAGCCAAGAUGUCUUCAGAUCCAUGGAAAGGAGAUCACAUGGACUCAGUUCAAAAGUGCUUUUAACUGGGAUCAGAAGACCUUCUCUCUCUCAUUGCAUGAGAAACUAACCAUGCAGCAUUUUGACCUUGAUUCUGCCAGCAAAAUGUGGAACAGACCUGCAGAAGAUGUACUUGAUACAAAGAUGCUGUUUCUCAUGCAGAAAUAUAAGGAAAGUAUAAAGUCAAGCGGAGAGGAUGACUCCUCAUUUGAUGCAGUAAUCAGCCUGUUAGAACACACAAGUAAGCUGGUCUCACUUUUCAAUGACAGGCUCUACAUCACCUGCACUAAUGACAUAAGGCUUCAAAAGCUAAAUAAUUUCUAUAAUUGGAUGUGCUCAUGGGAAGAAAGCACUCAAGGAGAUGGCAAGCUAUUCAUCUCAAGUAAAUUAUGGUUUGAUUUAAAAUCAAUGUGUCUUGGAUUCCAGUCACUAGUACAUUACAAAUUGUUAAAGCAUCCUAGUUCAGUAAUCAAGCCUGCCAUAGUAAAUCAGGACUGUGUAGAGAACCAUUUCUGUCAAAUACGUUCUUGUAAUGGUCAAAAUGAUAACCCAACCUUCUUGGAGCAACAGUCUUCACAAAAUUCAAUUAGACUAGGUCAAACUACUAUUAGUCCUAAGAGUAAUGCCUCCUGUAGUAGUGCCUUUACAAGCCAGCGACCUUCAAUUCCAAGCUCACAUCAAAGUUUAUCAUGCAGUUAA